CACUCCACCCUAACAACACAAAAAUUACCAGUCCUUCGUCAAUAAACCAACCAAAGAUCUAAAACAAUGUUUUCCAGGAACAUACCUCUCCUCUUCGUUUGUGUCGGUUGCCUCAUGGCGCUGGCUUCUGGCUUUUCGCCAUUGACACCUACCUCUAUCAACAGACAAAUAGUGGCCUCGACUCCGGUUUUGACUUCGUCCACACAACUCUACAUGGCGGAAGGAGAAAAAAGUCGUAAAUCAAAAAAAGGCCGACAAACUAUCACGAAAGACAGAACUGAGUCCCAAAGCGAGGAAGAAAAAAAGAAGGAAGAAAUGUGGAGAGUUGUCCUUCACAACGACGAAGUCCAUACCUUCAAUUACGUCAUCCGAAGUCUUAGUAAGGUUGUGGGAACUUUGGACCGAGCCGCUUCCUUUGAAAUCUGUGUUGAAACCCAUGGUAUUGGCAAAGCAACUGUGACAAAGACAUGGAAAAAACAGGCUGAACAAUUUUGCUUGGGUCUUCAACGGCAGGGGCUUACUGUUAGCAUCUCUCCCGACAAAGAUUUUGAAGGUGGGCAUUCGGGUGGUGGUCUAUAAAAAAAUCAAUGUACGAGGUGGGGAAUGUGAAUUAACGAAUCAUCUUGUGAAUUAGAAUGUGAUUCGGUGCUGUUCCAAACUAUACAAAAUAAAGAUUGGAUUAAGAUCGGUUGUGAUGUCUGAGUAGAAGUACGUGAAAUAAAGUUGCAAAUCACUU